CUGGAGCCCUAGACCCCGGCGGAGCAUCAGAGUGCCUACAAGUCCCCACAGUCCAGGUCCUGCGCCCCUCUGGCCGUAGCCGCGGAGCUCCUGUCUAGAGCCCCAGCCUUGCCACCAUGAGGGUCCUGUUGGCAUGCCUGCUCGUCUGUGCCCUGGCCGUGAGCGACUCUGAUGGCAGCAAUGAAGUUCAUAAAGAGUCUGGUGUAUCGGACUGUGGCUGUCUGAACGGAGGAAAAUGUGUGUCCUACAAGUACUUCUCCAACAUUCAGCGAUGCAGUUGCCCAAAGAAAUUCCAAGGGGAAUACUGUGAGAUAGAUACAUCGAAAACCUGCUAUCAGGGGAAUGGUCACUCUUACCGAGGGAAGGCCAACACAGACCUCAGAGGCCGGCCCUGCCUGGCCUGGGACUCUGCUACCGUCCUUCUGAAAAUGUACCAUGCCCACAGAUCUGAUGCCAUUCAGCUGGGCCUGGGGAAACACAAUUAUUGCAGGAACCCAGACAAUCAGAGAAGGCCCUGGUGCUAUGUGCAGGUUGGCUUAAAGCAGUUUGUCCAGGAGUGCAUGGUGCAGGACUGCUCUGCCGGAAAAAGUCCCUCCCCUCCUAAGGAGAAAGUAGAGUUCCAAUGUGGCCAGAAGGCUCUGAGGCCUCGCUUUAAGAUUGUUGGGGGAGAGUUCACCACCAUCGAGAGCCAGCCUUGGUUUGCAGCCAUCUAUAGGAGACAUCGAGGAGGCUCUGUUACCUACUUGUGCGGUGGCAGUCUCAUCAGUCCCUGCUGGGUGGUCAGCGCCACACACUGCUUCAUUAAUCACCCAAAGAAGGAGGACUACAUUGUCUACCUGGGUCGGUCAAAGCUUAACUCCGACACACUUGGGGAGAUGAAGUUUGAGGUGGAAAAGCUCAUCUUGCAUGAGGACUACAGUGCAGACAGCCUUGCUCACCACAACGAUAUUGCCUUGCUGAAGAUCCGUACCAGCAGAGGCCAAUGUGCACAGCCCUCCCGGUCCAUACAGACCAUCUGCCUGCCCCCACUAUAUGGAGAUGCCCAUUUUGGCACAAGGUGUGAGAUCACUGGCUUCGGAAAAGAGAAUCCCUCUGACUAUCUCUACCCAGAGCAGCUGAAAAUGACGUUUGUGAAUCUGGUUUCCCAUGAGGAGUGUCAGCAGCCCCACUACUAUGGCACUGAAGUCACUGACAAAAUGCUGUGUGCGGCUGACCCACAGUGGGAAACAGAUUCCUGCCAGGGAGACUCAGGUGGCCCGCUGGUCUGUACCAUCCAAGGCCGCCUGACCCUGACUGGGAUUGUGAGCUGGGGCCGUGAAUGUGCCAUGAAGGACAAGCCAGGAGUCUACACAAGGGUCUCAAAAUUCCUGCCCUGGAUCUACACUCACACCAGGGGAGAGAUUGACCUUGGCCUGUGAAGGACCCCAGACAACCAAGGAAAGCACCACCCACUCCCAUGCUGACCAUCAAUUUUGCAGUAGGGCCAGCUGCACAGCUAUAUAUAAGGAAGAGACUGAGGAAGAUGGACCCUGCAGAGGUGGUUUUGCUUGUGCUACCCCCAGGGUGAACGACAGUAGACUUACCCUCAGAUAUGGUCUGGGUGCUGGAUGCCCAGAUCCUUCCUGAUCAGGAUGGAAGGGUGGUCCUGAACCGGGAUGGUAUUGUCCAUUUCUGGACUAAAGCUUCCUGGAGUUAAAAAUGGCAUCUCCUGUGCAUAGGUGGAAGGAGACCCAGCUCCCUGGCAGUGGGCCAUUCAUGAGGGCCACGGUUAGGAAAUGAAUAAUUUCCCAAUUAGGAAGUAUGACACAACUGAGGUCUCUUGAGAGAGCUCAACCAAUGAAAGAACAAUGGUUUGGAGAGUAGAGACACUAAUGACUUGAGGGAAGGGCUCUGACAUUCCACGAAUGUAUCAGGAAACGUUACAUAUGCGUGUGUAUGUUUGCACACUUGUGUGCAAGCUGUGUCAGUGUAAGAGCUGGUGUUCUGUGUCUGACUGCAAGUCUAGAUACCUCCCCAAAUUGUCUGGAUGUGACGUCAUACAGAGUAGCCUGUUUGGAGAAGUCGUGGGUCACUCCUGGGGCCUCUUGGGCCUCCCAGGUGAUGAUACGUAUAAAUGUAUCAUAGGGCACAGACUGUGAGAAGCACUAAAUUUGCAGUUUCAGUUUCACAUAGAUGUUUUCUUGGCCAGUUUUCCCUUCUGACCUUCUAACUGAAUUCAUCCAAUAUUCACUGAGUGAGGUGAGGACCACUCCUGUACACUGAAUAUUUAAUAAUUAUAUUC